AAAAACCCUAACUUUCCUCACCCUCAGACUCGAGAACGUGUCUCUCCCUCAGUCACAAUCGCCGGCGUCUCGCGGCCUUCUUCGUCGUCUCACUCGAGUCUCGUCCGUGGGAUCCUCGUCGCCGGCGGGUCGCCGUCGCUCUUCGUCUUCUGUGAUCUGGUGACCCAAUCGUAUGACCAUAUCGAUUACCGGUUCGGUUCUGAUAACUAUCACAGCUUCACCUCUGCUGUGGCAAGUGGCGACAAUCACAUUUUGAAUGUCAUUGCAGUCAUCAGAUAAGAAAAUAAAGGAAGAAGAAGAAGUUGAAUUUUGAGCACAGCAAAUUACUGAGCAUACAAUCAUAAGCGGAAAGGAAUUAGACAAAUUCAACAUUAGCAUAGAAGUAGAAGUAGAAGAUGGAGUUUGUUCCUGAAGAAAGCAAGCACCUUCAUGAAGAUUGUUCCACUUUGAUUGUGCCUGCACUAUCGAUUGGGAAUGUGGGGCAGCUAGCUGCAGACCUUUUGAUAUCAUCAAUGGAUGCAGAGAGAGUUGGGUAUUUGGAUGAUCCUUAUGUUCUGCCCUGUGUUGGGAAUGAUGCUUAUGGACCUUUUCCUCAAGGAAUUCUUGCCCUUCCUCUUGAAGCUUAUGAGUCCUCUUCCAGUGCUCUCACUAUCCUCCAACAGAGGUCCCCUAUAGUUAAGGGAAGGAUCUUAGAGUUUGCAAAAAACUUGGCUGAUUUUGUUGCUGGUAGUGGAAAGAAGCAUGUUGUUAUUCUUUCCAGCUUAGAUUUCAGAAUGUGGCAAAAUGUUGACAUGUCAAGUGGUUUGCAGAUGUAUUAUGUCUCCAGUGCCAAUAUCGAUGGAACGGAUGAAAAUUGUGAACAGCUUGGGUGGAAGAAACUAAAGGAAUAUGAUCCCUCUCAAAAGCACUGGAAAUAUCUCGGCGAUUUAGCUGAAGGAAAUGUAACACGGGAAGAUAUACUUUCUGAUGAAGAUGAACAAGAAGAAGAAAACUAUUAUGCUAGCUUGCCUUUCGCUGCACUUUUCUCUUUUCUCAAGGCUAAAGGCUUGAAGGUGACAUGCUUGCUAUGUUACUGCUCAGAAGGGGACAACAUAUCUGAUGCUUUUCAGUUAGCUGAGGCUGUAAGCAAAUUUCUAAAGCUAAGUCACCCUACAUCUGCUUCUGGUGAGGAAUGGCGAGUUCCACUUUCUUGGAGGACACUAUAUGGACCACCCCCAGAUGUUUCCAUGUUCUAAAGGCUACAUUGAUUUAGUGUUAUUUGUAUCACAAUGGUUUUCUUUUUUCUUAAAAAAAGAAAAAUUAUGAUGACCUAAACUUUUUAUAUGUAAGAGGUUUUAUUGUUCUUUUCAUCAAUUAAUGUAGGAAAAGCAAAUUAAUUUGAAGUUAAUUCUCAACACAGCCUUUAAAAAUACAUAA